ACGCCGCCCCCGGCCAUGGAGGCAGAGCGUGGCCGUCGUGGCUGGCAGGGGGCGAUGCAGCCUCCUCCUCGGGCUUGUCUACUGCUCUUCCGGAGCCAUCCAAGUUGGAGGCCAUCGCUGCCUCCUGUGGGAGAGAAUUCCGCAGCGUUCAUGAGGACUAGGGGAUUGGCUCUUAGUCUUGGCGGCGGCAUCCAAGGGUGGGGGCCAGCUCUGUCUGUCUCUCUCCUCCCCGCACCGCCCCGCGACUUUUCCCCUCCUUCCCCUACGAGAGGGCCAGCGGGGGGAUCCCAUUUUGCUCCCUUCCUCUCACUGACACGCGCAGAGGUUUCCCCGGCGCCAUCUUUCCUCCAGGCAGGCGGAAGCGGAGCUGGGAGAGGGGAGGGACUUCCGGCGCUGUUCCUGGCGGUGCUCCCGGAAAGUCCCUCCGCCGGGCGGGUCCGCCUCAUCCGCUGCCGCCUCAGGAGGCCCCGCUGCCCUGGAAGGGAGGCCGGCUGGGAGGCCGAGGCCCGCCUUCCCGCCGCUCCGGAUGAGGGUGUGGCCGGAGGGAAGAGGCCGGAGGAGGGGGCAGGAGGAGCAGCAGCGGCGAUGAUGCCCGGAGAAGGAGGAGGAGGCGGCGGCGGCGACGGCCCUGCGGGGGGCCCCGGCAGCGGCUGCCUCGGGGGCAGCGUGGUGCGCCCGCGGCGGCCUGGUGUUGGCGCGGCCUCCCGCCCCGCGUGGCCUGGGUCUGCUGCUGCUGCGCCUCGCCGCGUGGCGUCCGGGGCGGCCUCGGCGACGCUAGUGCUGCUGCUGCUUUGGGCCUCCGUCCACACCGUGCAGGAGGGGCACCUCGCCCUCUACUACAGGGGCGGGGCGCUGCUCUCCGCCGUCAGCGGCCCAGGCUACCACAUCAUGCUGCCCUUCGUCACCACCUGCAUAUCCGUGCAGGGUCAUUGUGUUCUGUUUCAGACAACGCUGCAAACAGAUGAAGUGAAAAAUGUGCCUUGUGGGACAAGUGGCGGAGUCAUGAUCUACAUUGAUCGAAUAGAGGUGGUAAACACGUUGGCGCCACAUGCAGUUUAUGAUACUGUAAAGAAGUACACUGUGGACUAUGACAAGACCCUCAUCUUCAACAAAGUCCACCAUGAGCUCAACCAGUUCUGCAGCACCCACACCCUCCAGGAGGUGUACAUCGAGCUCUUUGAUCAAAUAGAUGAACACCUGAAGCUGGCGCUGCAGCAGGAUCUGAAUGCCAUGGCGCCAGGUCUCACUGUCCAGGCAGUGCGUGUGACAAAGCCCAAAAUCCCUGAAGCCAUCCGAAGAAAUUUUGAACUUGUGGAAGCAGAGAAGACCAAAUUCUUGAUAGUUACUCAGCAGCAGAAAGUGGUGGCGAAGGAGGCCGAAACAGAAAGGAAAAAGGCCGUCAUAGAAGCAGAGAAGGCGGCCCAGGUGGCAAAGAUUCGUUGUCGGCAGAAGGUCAUGGAGACGCUGAUGGAGAAGCACAUUUCUGAGCUUGAAGAUGCUGCUUUCUUAGCAAGAGAGAGGGCGAAGGCUGAUGCCAACUACUACACGGCACAGAAGGCAGCCGACUCGAACAAGCUGAAACUCACACCAGCCUUCCUGGAACUGAUGAAAUAUCAGGCCAUUGCUUUCAACAGUACGCUGUACUUUGGCAACAGCUUCCCCGCUAACCUGUUUCUGGGUUCCUGUGCUUUUGACGAUCCCGUUGCAAGAACUGCGAGAGAAGCCCACCUCAUCUCAAAGACAGGCAAGCUCCACCUCAGGCACAGAGGAGAGCGUGGCGCCUCUGGAUGCGUCCGCUGAGCCAGGCACUGUUGCCUCCGUGAUUUGAAAUUGUAACUGAUCUGCUGCCUUAGAAGCAGUGCCAACCCUUCUCCUCAAAUCUGCCUUAUCUUUACUGUUCAGAAAGCAAGUCAAACAUGUUCUGCAGCGCAAACACAGUCCUUGAGGUUGUGUCGCCCUCUGUAGCCAAAUAUGAGGGCAGCUCAAAACCUCCAUGGAAGACCUCUUCAUCUUCCUCAGACAGGAGUGGUGGCAUGAGUGCUUCUGAGGAGUUAAGUCACUGGCAUUAACUUUUGAAAGGAGACUGUGGUGCAGACCUCCCUGCAUGGCUCAGGAGGGUUGUUCCUGGGAGGACAGUUGUGUGAGACGGUGGCUGUGGCCACGUGCUAACUGACCCACUCGUCUUCUGUCUUACCUCGGGGGGGGGGUUGUGUGGUCAUGGCUUUGAAAGCGGGCAUAUGACCCAGUUGCAGGUGUCCACUUGUCCCUGAGGAAGAAUGCCUCUUGCCCUCUGAUGGGGAAACGCAAUACGUGUAACCUACAGCCUUCUACUAAGUGUGCGAGAACAGCAACAUCAUGCAGCCCUCAAAGUGUCUUGUUUGAACGCAUCCCCCUCUCACAACCCUCCUCCGCGUGCUACUUUCAGGCAAGUGAUUCCACAUUUUGUACUGGAAAGUGCUAAAGAGGCGGCUGCCUCUGGAGUUGUGGGUGUGUCUCUCCUCUCUUUCCCGUGUCCUCUGCGUGGGUCCUUGUAAUGCUUUGUAUGCCAGCAUGUUGCUGGACGCUCCUUGCCCAGAGCCCCAAUUCCUCUUGGCUCAGAGUGUCUUCCACAGCCGGCAGCCUGCAUAUCUGUUGAAUGAACUGGGGAUCUCAGGUGCGGGUGCAAGAAGUGGUAAUUAUUUGUUGAGCUGUAAUUCCAAACGGCAGUGAAGACUUGCUUUAGAAUUUACGAAUGUGUUUGUGCAAGAUAAACCUGCUGACUGGAAAUGUUUCCUCUGUGCUGGGGUUUUUGUGAUAUAUAUAUAUAUAUAUAUUUGAACUUUGGAUUAAAGGAAAAUAAAGCUAUUUUCAUAACCCUUUA